AGGAGGUUUCUGUAUUUAAGUUCUAACAUACCCCAGAGGGGUUUGCCCCCCAUAAAACAUGGUGCAUCUGAGAAAUAUGAGUUGCGGACUCUUACUUUUCCUACUUCUCCCCUGGUUUGGCUUAGGAAAGACCCCAGCAACUCAUGUCUUUCCUCCAGGAAUUGUUACAAGCCAUUGUCUGUCUAGGAUAUUCUGGAUGAAGUUAGACCAACGUUUUCUUAAGGGGAAAGUGUUCACCCUGGAGCUUGUUGAACCACAUGGUGGUGUUCCAGUCCCACUAGAUGCAAAGCUUGCUUCCCGUUGUGGCUAUAUCCUGUCUGAAGAUGUCUGGGGUAAUCCUGUUUUCCGGGCCUCUGUGUUGGGAUGUCAUGUGACUAAUCAGGGAGACACAUGGUUCUCCCUUGGUGUAAAUGUAAAGGUUUCCUCAGCUGUGGAUGAGAGAAGAAUGACCACCUACUCCCAUAUGAUGUACUGUACUUAUGCUUCGUGGGCCCCAAGAGAAAUCCUCUGUGAAGAGAACUACAUGGAGGUCUCUGUGAAGAGUGAUGUGCCAACAAUCUCUGAAGGCAAGGACCCUGAGCAAUGGAUGUCAGCCCACUGGAUGUCUGCUCUACCUGGGGCUCAAGAAGCUGCCUAUAAAUUAUGGCAAAUGGUUUUUCAUUCCCCAUCGGGAAGAAAUAUAAUCUUGGUAAGCAAUGCUGCAAAACUGGGCUAUGGUUUCAACAAUACAGGCACUCGAGUGUUUCUUCGCUCUCCUUAUUCCAGCAAUGAGUCAGAAAUCACCAUGGUUGAGAAUCUACCUGUUGCUACAGUGAGUUCCACUGCUGUGUACAAACAGAGAUGGCUGCUGCUCCUAAUCGACACGACUGUGUCCUGUCCUGUUGAUGGUGUCCUGUUCUCUAACACAACCAUAACCUGGUCUGUGCCGAGCAUUCUCCCUUCUCUGAUCCUUCAGCUGGGCACAUUCCGGUCAGAAAAUGUAUCCAUGGGUGUUGGUGGCAGAAGAGUAGCAGACCCUGAAGCCUUGCGCUACUUGCUCCAGAUGAAUACAACUCACAUUGAAGUGACUGUCCCCAUUGGUGCUGAGGGGGGCCGGAUCAAGAGUGAUGUUGUUAAUGGUGCUUAUGGAACCACCUAUAGUAUCAACUUGUUCCUGGAACAUGUGUGGACAGACACUGACUGGCAUCUGACAAAGUACAUCGUGAUCAAGCCCAUCACUACUCCGUUUAUGGCUCGAAUGCCCACAGUCAACAAUAAUACCGUUCCAGACACGAGACUGUUCAAUAUUGUGAUUGGCACUUUUCUUCCGGAUGAUCAACUGGUGAAAGUGGAAAUUGGUAACGUGCCCUUUACCAUCCAAGAAGCAAAGAGCCAUGGAUACAAGAUCUCAGAAACCCUCUUCCCCAAUGGGACCAAAGGAUUUGUCCUAGAAGUUCCUUUUGAUGAUUCCAAUGUGAUAAAGGAGUAUGUAAACAGAAACGAAACCAAAUAUACCCUUCUUGUAAACUAUAUACUGAAAGUGGGUCCAGAAAGGAAGCCAUUUUCUCAGCCUGCUGAAAUAGAGUGUACCCUAGAAGAUAUUAUUGUUCCCCAAGCAGUGGGAUCAUGUGACAAGGAGAACAUGUACCUGACCAUCCCUACUGCAGGCCUACGGCAGUACUGGGAUCUCUACGUUGGCAACAAACUCUUGAUUCUACGCUCGGGACUCUCAAAUGGCUAUUUCUUGAUGGAAAAUGCCACUCACUUAUUGCUUAAGGUGCCUCUCUUUGCUAAGGGUGUCACGUAUGAGGAUAUUUCCCUCCAGGGAAUCCAAGCUAGACUUGAUGUUGCUUUAAGGAAAGCAAACACAAUGGAGACCUUAAAUAUCUUCUCUGUUCAGUGCAAUUACCACCCAUCAGAUUUCAUUGUGUGCUUUCCCAAUGGAACUGUAGCAGUCUCUGCCCUAAUGCUGACUGACCCUUCCGUCGAUUUGGGUAAGACCACUCUGAAAGACCGCACUUGCAAGCCGAGAGAAUUCACCAAGGAUCGGGCCUACUUCCGCUUCCAUGUGACCAGCUGUGGCACCUCUCUGAGGUUUGAAGGUGAUUAUAUGAUCUAUGAAAAUGAGAUCUCUUUAGAGCAAGAGACCCUUCCUGUUGGAGGUCAUCCCACAAUUACAAGGGAUCCAGCCUACAGAUUAACUCUUCUGUGCUACUAUCUAGCCAAAGAGACGCUGGUAAAAAAGGCUAGUAUUAGAAGCAAAUCUCGCAACAGAUCUCCUUUGCCCUAUGGUGAUGGGACUGUAAUGCUCCCAUCGACCUUCAGAGGAUCAAGAAGAACUAGACAAACACUGGAGAUAAAAUCAAGAAUAUCCAAAGAUCAUACUUUCACUGAAUUUUACAAUGACAGAAAUAGGAUGGUGAUGAAACAAUGGUUUGAGCCCAUGUACUUUGAGAUAGAGCUGUUGCAUUAUGAAGAUACCAAUGCUGAGUUAUUCCUAGAUAAGUGUUGGAUAUCACAGUCUCCAGAAUUUGAUGGCCACCCACAGUGGAGCAUUGUUGAGAGAAGCUGUGAGAGAGAGACGAAAAGCUCUCUGGCACAGUUAUUUCCAGUAAUCAAGAACAUCAGAGUCCAAAAUCCUUCUCUUGUCAAAAGGCUGAUGGUGAGGCGACUGACGCCUGGCCCUGAAAGGGUGUAUCUGCACUGCUUGACUCAAGUUUGCAGCUCUCUCACUGGACCCAACAAUCUUGCUUCUUGUGGAAGACAGUGUCCUUCUGCAGGGGAAGAUACACUGGACACAUUUACUGAAUUGCACUCCAGGCCUCAUGGAUAUACAGCAGCAGGACCCAUCUUGUUAACCCGCAGUAAUGGAAGAGACACUGUAAAUGCUAAUCAAGAAAAUACCAUCCAAAUGCCUGGCCUUUGGGUUGCAGUGGGAAUCAUCACCUCCAUGACUGUGGCGGUUGUCAUACUACACCAAAUGGCCUGCAUUCAGUUAAAGAAAUGUAACAAUUUGCAGAAAUAAAAAUGUAUUCAGAACCA